AUGGCCCGGCGUCCGCGUCUUGCAGCGCAAGCCGCUCAAGCAUCCAUGCGAACUCCAAUCCCUAACAUAUCCGACAACGAAGACGAAGAGAUGUUAGAUGCCACUCCUGCAGAGGCCCCUACACCACAAGAAGACGAUGAUGAUGCAGAAAAUGAAGAGGAGGAAGACGGGUUAAAUGAUGCAGAAGAAGCUGCGACUCCGUCUCGAGAGUCAGAGCAACCGUCCCGUUCGGCGACUCCUCGCCGCGGUCGACCUCCACUGCUCCGUGGGCGCCGAGGAGGAAGGUUGGGUAGGCCCCCAAGACAUCGCGUUGCUACGGCAUCUGAGGAUGGAGAUAACGAUGCCGCUUCUGAAACCGCCACUCCGAAACGAAGAGGUGGUUUCCGAGGUCACAGGGGUGGAAGAUGGGCAAAGUACAAAGCCGGAGGGUCACGGCCACAGCAGGCACCUCUUGACGACGAAGGAAAUCCAAUGGAAAUUGUCAACGACGAAGUUUUACUACCCGAGGACCCCGAAGGCGAGCAGAAGGUUGACAAGAAUGGCCGUCUGCUGGGUGGAAGAGAAUAUCGGGUGCGGACGUUCACGAUCCUGGGCAGAGAUGACAGACUGUAUAUGCUGUCAACAGAACCAGCACGUUGCAUUGGUUUUCGCGACUCAUACCUUUUCUUCCAGAAACACAGGCAUCUCUAUAAGAUCAUCAUUGACGAUGAUGAAAAGCGAGACCUUAUCGAUCGAGAUUUGAUCCCUCACUCCUACAAAGGUCGCGCGAUCGGAGUGGUUACGGCUCGAUCUGUGUUUCGAGAAUUCGGGGCUCGGAUUAUCAUCGGAGGGAGAAAGGUGAUAGAUGACUACGAGACCAAGAAAGCACGGGAACGAGGCGAUGUUGAGGGAGAACUAGCCGUCCCAGAAGAUCGCUUGCCGCUACCCGGAGAGCCUUACAAUCGAAAUCAAUAUGUGGCAUGGCAUGGUGCAAGUGCAGUUUACCACACCAACACGCCCAGUGUGCCCCUUCCCCUCGCGAAAGCGCAGGAGGCCAAGAGGCGAAAGAUCAUGGUAACGAGUGACAACUGGAUGCUGGAACAUGCUAGGGAAGCCAGUCGAUUCAACGCGCAAUUGACAGCGAACCGUCUGGAAAAUCUCAACGGUGUGUACGACAUACACACCAACGUCAUGCAGUACCCAGCCCAUAUGCAACCAACACACGCACGAUGGGAAAUUGUUGACGACCAGGAGAACACUGAAGACCUCGAGAAGACAGGACGGCUACCUCGCCUUGACCCGGUGUAUGGGCGAAACUUCCGAAUCCACGAUCUCUGUCUCGAAUCGGCUCCAGAGUCCUGGUAUGCGACGCCUGGGAGCAUUGAAGAAGGAGGCGGCCUCUCCUCAAUCCCGUCGAUCAUCCUGGAAGAGCUUCCUGCCGAAUGCCUCUACGCGUUCGAAGAAGCCAAGUUACGGGAAGCCGAAUGGCGGGGAAAGUGGCAUACAGAACGGGAAGAUGGGCUGAGAGCACGCAUUCUCCCUUCGUUUGAAUGGUUUCCAAAGUGA